UCGGUGUCGAAUUAUAAUAUUAUCGCAGAAGCACAGCAGUUAAAUCGGUCAAUUUGCAUGGGGAUAGACGCGGGCUGAUGCCUGCCGUCAGUCACCGUCGGUCGCUUUGCGCUGAUUUUCUUCCUUCAAUAAGUCAAACGCGUCCCGAAAUAAUAAAAUAAAACCGUUUUGUCGGCCAGUUGGUGUGUGCGCAACGUGCCGCGCGCGUUUUCCGAAUUUUCCGCGGAAAAGGUCAGUCAUUCGCGGAACGACGACUCAACAACACCGGGAAUAUUGUCGGGAUGUGAUUUGUCACGCACGAAUACGAAAGUACGAAAGUUUCUCUACAAUAACAAAACAAAAAUUUUAUUAGAAAAUGAGACAAUUUCGAAAAUCCAGAAUUUCUGCCCCUUGAUGUCAUAUCCAUAUGUGAAAAACAACAUUGAUUGAUUGAAGCUGAACAAGUGGCAUUUCUAAAGUUAACCCUGUUAAGUUUUCCGUCAUUCUAAAGAUGAUGGGGUUCCGUAAGUCCAAAGGCUGUGGCUGCAUUUCAUUCCAUAAGAAAAGUAUAGGCUACGAAGAUGAAUCUACUUCGAGUUACAGGUCGUCAGAUGCUGAAGUUACUAUUCCCAAUUUUGCAAACAAGAAGAGCAAGUCAGAGGGAGGUUUUCUACAGGGCUUAAUACCAAGAAACCUCUUCAAAGGCUGGAGACGGAAUGAUGACCUAAGCAUGACAAAAAUAGAACGAACAAUGAAGGCAGCCAUUUUGAUUCAACGAUGGUAUCGGAGGUACCUAGCCAGAAUGGAAGUGCGAAGGCGAUAUACGUGGACGAUAUUUCAAAGUAUUGAAUAUGCCGGAGAGCAUGAUCAAGUCAGGCUUUACAACUUUUUCAACGCAUUACUCAAGCACAUUCCGGACACAACAGGAUCGAUUGCUUCCACCGCUACGUCCAGAAGCUCUUCCAUUGAUACGUUGGAUAUGAAAUUCGAGGAUGAAUCAGAAGGUGAUGAAGACGAUUGUUUGCGAUCAUCAGAUAGAAUGUAUCGCGGAAUUCACAUUAACUUUCCAAUGAAGAGAAACGACCUGGAUUUGUUAAUAGAAACAUUUAGGAAGAAAAAGCACCACAGACUCCAUGCAAAGUACGUGGCGGGCAUAUUAAAAGAAGCGGUAACGCAUUUGAAAAGAUUACCCAAUUUAAACCAAGCAUCUACAGCUAUUUCGAAGCAAGUUACGAUAUGCGGGGAUCUACAUGGAAAAUUGGAUGAUCUUUUGGUCGUUUUCCAUAAGAAUGGACUUCCAUCGCCAGAAAAUCCGUACGUGUUCAAUGGCGAUUUCGUAGAUAGAGGUAAGAAGGGUCUGGAAGUGUUAUUGCUCUUGCUGGCAUGUAUGCUAGUGUUUCCCGGUGGAGUUUUUCUCAACCGUGGUAAUCACGAGGACCACAUUAUGAACACAAGGUACGGCUUCAUAAGGGAAGUGCAAACUAAAUAUAAGAGAAAUUCGGAGAAGCUGCUGAAGCUAAUCGAAACAGUGUAUCGAUGGCUGCCACUAGGAACAAUAGUAAAUAACAAAGUCCUUAUAGUACAUGGAGGAAUAUCGGAUAACACUGAUUUGGAUCUCAUAAGAAGUUUAGACAGAGGAAAGUAUGUUUCGCUACUUCGUCCUCCAAUCGUCGAGCUUGGUUCGGGACAGGCGUCUGAAUUAAUCGACAAAGUGGAAUGGAAACAAGUUUUUGACAUUCUGUGGAGCGAUCCUCAACCGAAUGACGGAUGCAUUCCAAAUGGACUUAGAGGAGCGGGCACCUACUUUGGCCCUGACGUUACUAAAUCCUUCCUUAAACGGAACAAAAUGAUUUAUCUCAUACGAUCUCAUGAAUGCAAACCAGAUGGUUAUGAAAUUAGUCAUAAUAAUAAGGUUAUAACGGUAUUUUCUGCGUCAAAUUAUUACGAGUUGGGUUCAAACAAAGGGGCAUAUUUGAAAUUAGUCGGCCCACAGCUUGAUACACACUUUGUUCAGUUCACAACGGGAACAGGGAAAACGAAAAGGUUAACUUUCCGCCAACGCAUCGGUCUCGUCGAGUCCUCGGCGAUUCGGGAGCUUAGGGGACACAUUCUUUCCAAUAAAGAAAAGCUGGAGAUGGAAUUUGAGAAAGCUGAUCCGGAAAAAACUGGUUACAUAUCAUUGAGUGAAUGGUGUAGUUCCUUGGAAGCUGCAACUGGUCUCGGUCUUCCCUGGAGAAUGCUGAAAGAUAAAUUGGUUGUAACCGACCCAGAAAGAAACAAAGUCCAAUAUGAGACUACGUUCGAUAAAAUUGUGAGCACCGAUAUUACAACUGUUCAAGGAGCCAGUAAGGUCGUCGAAACUUUAUAUCGAAACAAAAGCAGCCUUGAAACAAUAUUCAGGAUUAUUGACAAGGAUAACUCAGGCUAUAUAAGUUUGGAGGAGUUCUCGGAUGCCUGCAACUUGAUAAAGGAGCACAUGCCCGACCCAGUGACUCAGGAACAGUUAUUGGAAAUUUGUAGGUUAAUGGACAUGAACAAUGAUGGACUCGUGGAUUUGAAUGAAUUUCUGGAAACGUUCAGGAUGGUCGAUCCGGAGCAGCAGGGUAACGAUAAGAAAUCAGUUAAAGGAGAAGAUACUUCCGAAUAAUGUUUAUUGAACACUAUUUCUCUUGCUUAUUGUAUGUAUAUUAUUAAUAUGGGAACAAUUAUUUAUAAUAGACUUGCUCAAAACUUA